AUGCCCCGGAAACAAAAUAAAAAAAAGCGCCUCCUUGGCGCAAGUGUCCCAACAAUAAAUUCCCGCUCGCACUGUCAAUCAACCCCGCUUACUUUGUGGGUCAUCUCGCCUUCUUCCUCCUCUGCACGACCACCAUACCUAACGGGCAAUCUCUGCUUCUCUUUACUUAUCGUCGCUCAUCCGCAACUCAAAGAGGAAGAGGCGGAGACAUGGGGGACUGUUUUAACGAAGACCUACUCCUCUCGCAGGAAUCAGCGCCGUCGCCGGCACUCCUUGGUGAUGGCGGGAGGCUGGACGGUGGACGGCCGGUACUUAAAGCAGCUCUAUGACAACGUACAUGGAAGCAUCUAUCUCGAUCCGAUGAGCCUUAAAUUUAUAGACACUGAGCAGUUUCAGAGGCUGCGGGAUCUGAAGCAACUUGGUGUUGCAUACAUGGUCUAUCCAGGAGCAGUGCAUACUCGAUUUGAACAUUCUUUGGGAGUUUAUUGGCUGGCUGGACAAUCUCUGCAGUAUCUUCAAGCCUACCAAGGCUCUGAGCUUGAUAUUGAUCGUUUUGAUGUGCAGACAGUGAAACUUGCAGGCCUUUUGCAUGAUAUAGGGCAUGGGCCUUUCAGCCAUAUGUUUGAGCAUGAAUUUCUUCCCCAAGUCAGUACUGGAUCAAAAUGGUCUCACGAGCAAAUGUCAGGAAUGUUGGUGGAUUACAUUGUUGAUCAGCAUCACAUUGACAUUGAUUCCGAAUGCCUUCAACAAAUAAAAGAUAUGAUAAUUGCUAGUUCGAAUGUUUCAGUAGCAAAUGGCAUGAAAGAAAAACGUUUUCUCUAUGACAUUGUUGCUAAUGGACGCAAUGGAAUUGAUGUUGACAAGUUUGAUUAUAUCGCUCGUGAUUGUCGGGCAUGUGGUCUUGGCUGCAAUUUUCAAUUCAGGAGGUUAUUGCAAAGUAUGCGUGUAAUGGAUGAUGAAAUAUGCUAUCCUGCUAAAGAAUAUCUCACAAUCCAUAAAUUGUUUUCAACUCGUGCUGACCUUCAUCGUACAGUCUACACCCAUGCUAAAGUCAAGGCAAUAGAGCUUAUGGUUGUUGAUUCACUAGUAAAAGCGAAUGAUCAUCUUGAGAUCUCAUCUUACAUUGCUGACCCUGCUGAAUAUUGGAAGCUUUGUGAUGGCAUACUUAAAACUAUUGAAACAUCACCUGAUCCAGAACUGAAGGAAUCUAGAGAACUUAUCCUGCGAAUUAAGAGGCGGGAAUUGUACAAGUUUUGCAAUGAAUACACUGUUCCCAAAGACAAGCUAGACCAUUUUAAGGAAAUCACAGCACAGGACAUUGUCUGCUCCCAGAAAGCAACUGGACUGCGAUUGAGAGAAGAAGAUGUUGCUGUUAGCAAUGUUAAAAUUGAUCUAACUUGUGGAAGAUAUAACCCUCUAGAGAGAACCAGUUUCUUUAAGGAUUAUGAGAGCAAAGAAAAAUUUUAUAUUUCAGAUGAUCGCAUCAGCAACCUGCUUCCUGCAUCAUAUCAAGACAGAAUAGUCAGGGUGUACGCUAAAAAGCCUGAGCUGGUGGAGGCAGUAUCCGAAGCAUUUGAGAACUUUCAGUUGAGAAUGUAUGGAAUUAAAGCCCAAGUGCAUGAGACUCCUGAGAAGAAGAAGCGAAGGAGGUAGCUCCUUUAGCCAUACAUCAUCUUAUCAUUUUACCCUCGUCUCAUCAAUUUGUAUGUGGAUGUGAAUGCUUUCCCAAUAUACUUCAAGAAUAGUUGAUGCAUUUUUUCUUUGAAAAAUAUGUAAUGGUUUUGAUAUAGGAGAUUUCUGAGAUAAGAUAUAAGAGGUAGUUAGGGCUGUAAAUGAGCCGAGCUGGAGCGAGCUCAGGCUUGGCUUGUGUUCAGCUCAUUCAAAAUUGGCUCGUGUUCAAAAUUGACUUGUCUACAAAAUUGCUCGUGAAUAGUGUUGGUGUUUUGCUCUAUUUA